GCGUGUCUGCUGCCGUUCCUCGCCAGCGUCAUCUCUCGCCGACUCCGACCGACCGAAUGAAUGGAGCCCAUUAAAGCCAGCUGCAGUCGCAAACGGAGCCAGGCCCCAAUCGGAGCACUGGAAGAAAAGGUUUGGUGCAUCAAAUCGUAAUAAUCGAGUUCUAAGUUGGUUUAUGCGUUACGUAUUUAUCGUAUAAAUUUAAAUCAGCCGGAAGAAUUUAAGAAACUGAAUGACUAUGUUUGUGCCUUAUGCAGAUGUGGGCGCCGAUUUCUCAUUGAGAGCGUGGAAAUCCAGACAUUCCGAAUUCAGAAUCAGUCCUCGAAUAGCUCUCCCUGGCUCUCUGCACACGCGUUCGAGUUGGAUCCAAUCUGUCGACUCCACCACCACCAACCCCACCAUUGCCUCCACCCCCGUUCGGGUGAGUAAUGCACGCCGCCGCUUCGAUUCGGGCUGAUCAUGUGCAAUUCCGAUCGAAACGAUCUUCGGUCGAGCGGUUAUCAGUUGGCCGAGUGUGUUGGGGGCCAUUGCGUCAUCCGCACUGUGUUUGUGCACAGUGAUCGUGACCGAGGCCGUAAUGAGAUCCGUACACAAAGUGCGCAGCCUCCGGAAAGCACUUUCACUCUCCCUUUCGUUGCCUGAACCAAUCCGCGGCUCAUCACUUGCCAUUAGCCGAGAUGUCGCGCCGGAUGGUCUUCCUACAGUUGCUGCUGUGGGCAGUAGUAGAGGGUCACUAUUACUACGACUACGGCUACUGGGAGAUCAACGAGCCUUCACAGCUUUGCUCCGACUACGAAAUGCUGGUGGUCAACACCCGCCAGUGCGUAAGGCGCUGCAACAUCGUCUGCCUGAAUGGAGUGUGCUUCGAGGACGGAUCCUGUCCCUGUGCCGAUCAGUAUAUGGCGGGUAAUCCGGAUGGUUUGGUGUGUGCCGCAGAGUGCCUCCCCGGGUGCGUGGCGGCAGGUGGCUACUGCGCCGCACCAGAUCUCUGUGUGUGCCGUGAGGACAGGCACUACUACUUUGAUCCCCUCUCCCAAAAGUGCCGCCACAGGGCUCCCCGUCUGCUGGACCCCUGCCUUGGGCGCUGCACACAUGGCAACUGCUCCUCCGACGGACGGUGCAUCUGUGCCCAGGGAUACGAGCUAAGGGACAGCCUGCUUCAUGGACAGCAAUGCAUGCCAAUCUGUGAUCACAACUGCGGACCACGAGCUUACUGCUUCGCUCCUAACUUGUGUGCCUGCCGGCACAAACAGCACCAUUAUGCUCACAACGGCAUCUGCUCCGGGAACUAUUGACCUAGAGAGGAGGUUUGACAGCAAUGGGGCUGUUUUAGGUCCCGCUGAUGUCGUAUGGAUUUUAAUAUAUGUAUUUAUUGUUUAGGUUCAUGAUUAUUUAUGAAUUAAGCUACAAGACUAUGUUACUCUUUUUAUUGAUUUAAAAUUUUUAUGGAAAGGCAAUCUUGUCUUUAGAAACUGUAAGGAAUAACAUAAAAUAUAAAAACAGCUUUAAUCGCCUCAUAAAGUAACCUAUAAUUUGUCCAUAUUAAAAUACCAACUUCAAAAACGC